AUGCAGUCCACACGGCAAUACAAUCCGGCUUUCGAGGCCAAGGUCAAGCAGCUGGCUCUCCCUUUGGCUCCUCUCGUCCGUCUUACAACUGGACAAGUACACCCCGUCUUUCCAUCCACGGUCCUGAACUUCUGGCUUUUGACUUCGGAACAAUGCGAUGAGCUAGCACACUUUUACCACCAGAGAACGCCAAGCGUUUUCACGAUGCAGUAUCCUUGUCCUGUCCAGUGGAAAACCGAUGCCACGCUGGAGGAGAAGCGCAGGAGAAUCGGCCGCUUUAUUGGGCUCAGAGGUUGUGAGAGUCCGGUCAGGAUUCUCAGCGAAGAAGAGAUCCGGAGACAUCUGCAACAAGAGAGAGAGAGGACUGUGGAAGAGGAGAGAAUGAGAGGAAAGACGAGGUGGUAUUAA